AUGUUUCAACUUAAAGGGAAGGCUUUGUUCGCAGCCUCCACUACUUUGGCUGCAACUGGUUUCUUACUAUUCGGUUAUGACCAGGGUGUCAUGUCCGGUAUUGUCGAUAAUGAGCAUUGGAAAGAUUUAAUGGGUUUCAGCAAUGAAAGCUCCACAUCUGCACUGGUGGGUGCGGUGGUGGCCUUGUACGAAAUUGGAUGUAUGUUUGGUGCCCUAGUUACCGGCAAAUUGGGUGAUAUGCUUGGUCGACGAAAUACGAUUCGUCUUGGUUCAGUCAUUCUUAUUAUUGGCGCCGUUUUGCAAACCGCCACGGUCAACAUGGGCAUGACCAUUGCUUCCCGUAUCAUUACGGGUUUCGGUAACGGAAUGAACACCGCCACGGUACCCGUCUAUCAAUCCGAAGUGUCACCUCCCAAAUCUCGUGGUGCUCACGUCUGCUUUGAAUGUUUCCUACUCGUAGUCGGUAUUGGUAUUGCCUAUUGGUUGGAAUACGGUCUCUACUUUGUCGGUGGCGAAUUCGCGUGGCGAUUCCCUUUGGCUUUUCAAAACUUGUUUGCCCUCAUUUUGAUCGCCGGUACUUUUGUCUUGCCAGAAACUCCCCGUUGGCUCGUGGCGCAUGAUCGGGAUGAAGAAGCGAAAGAAGUGCUGGCCCGUUUAUGGACUGACGGUGACAAGGAUCAUCCUCGAUGUAUCGCUGAAUACGAAGAAAUCCGUGACGGUAUCGAUCUUGAACGCCGCGAAGGCAUCUCCUCGUACAAGGAAUUGUUCUCCAAGGGCAAAUUCAACAACCGUUACCGUGUGUGUCUUGGUAUGCUGAGUCAAAUCAUCCAGCAGCUUUGCGGUAUCAAUGUGACAACCUACUAUCUGGCGACGGUCAUGGCCCAAGCAGGCAUGGACCGAGCCACGUCCAUGUUAAUGGCCGGCGUCGAUUCCAUUGUGUACGGUCUUGGCUCCUUGUUGCCUAUUGUCCUUGUCGAAAGAAUCGGUCGUCGCAAGAUCAUGAUCUGGGGUCUUGUCUUGCAAACGAUUACCCUGGUGUGCAUUGGUGGUUGUCAAAAGGCCCAGAUCGACGGUUUUACAGGUGCUGGUAGCGGCGCGGUGGCCUUUACCAUGUUAUAUAACUUUGUAUUUGGCGCCAGCUGGCUCGGUAUGGCGUGGUUAUAUCCUGCAGAAAUCUUUAGCACGGGCCUUCGUGCCAAGGGCAAUUCGUUCUCUACGGCGGCCAACUGGUUGGGUAACUUCGUGGUGGCUAUGAUUGCUCCUGUUCUGUUCGAAUAUAUCACGUUUUGGACCUAUAUCCUGUUUGCUUUCCUCAACGUCAUCUUUACCCCCAUGGUAUAUUUCUGGUUCCCCGAAACCAAAGGUCUCUCGCUGGAGCAGAUCGAAAUUCUGUUUGCCACGGAAGAACUCAAGGACGAUGCCAAAUCGGUUGCUUCCCAUAUUGGUUCCAAUUACGACAGCGAGAAACCCCACGAUCCCGAAAAUGGAUCUGUCCGACCCAAGAGUUACCGCAAUCAAAGCAAUCUUUCUCAAGACGUUCAGCAUGCUUCGUCUCAAAAAUUCGAGACAUCCGUUUCCGAGAAGGCUCCCAACUACAAGUAA